AUGCAUUUUCAAUUGUUCUUCUUGCCGCUCUGUAUCCUUGCGCGGGAAGCAUUGGCUUUCCCUGCAAAUGAGAUACUUCACAAUAAGUUGAAGCGUGAUGCUUCAGAUUCUGGGCUAACCGAUGAGGAGAGAGUCAAAGCUCUUUUCGCGGUUGGUGCGGCAGUUGACAAGAGCAAAGACAAGGAAGAUCCCGUUCUUGCGAAGGCGAAGGAACUUGAUCUCUGCAAAACGGCCCACAUGAACAAAGACACUUGGAAUAAACUUGAUAUGGAUGGUUGGAUUAAGCAAUUCGUGUCAGAUUAUCCUAAGAACCCCCAGGGUAACGGUGUCGAAGUUGUAACCAAAGGGGUUGCCGGGACCUUCCCCUCUUAUCUCGGGCAAAUCACCGGGAAUAUGGGGAACUAUGACUGCAACUCGGUAGAUUGCGACAUCAGCAUUACAGAUGACAAAGGUUGCAACGAGCACCCGAUUAUAUACUUUGCCUUGAAGAGCUUAUUAAACUUCAAAACAUGGGAAAAGGACCUGGCCGAUGCCUUCGAUCGAGUAGGUAGCGUAUGGAACGGAAAGGCAGAGACGAUGAUGAAGGACUUUACGAGCUAUAAGAUCGAUGAUGUUUUGGACAACUCGGGUUUUAUUAUUGCUGCCGGGGUCUUGGGAUUUUUGACUGCGCUGCUUGGUCCCGCUGCAGCUGGUUCCGCGGCAUUCCUUUCGGGGGCUCUCGUCGGUACUGCUGGGUGGAUAUCGACUCUGUCGGAUAACGCUCUCGAGAUGAUCGACAAAAGGUUUGAUGACCAAGCUACGAUAAAAAAUACUAUUGCUCAGAUCCAAGAAGCAAGCCACGACGGGUUCCGUAAAACGGCCAAUGGGGUCCUGGACGCUAAGCCCAACGGAUCGUGGGGAGACCACGACACUAUUCCGCUCGAAAUUCUAAUCGGGGGUGCAUUUGCAGAAGCCCCAAAUAGCUCUGAUCAAUCCAAAUUCGACGAUGUGGCCGACCAAGUCUACGCGUCAACAAUUGUUGCGACCAGCUGGUAUCUUGAGCAAGUAUUCAUCGUCAAAGCGACUAAGACAAUUGCUAGCAAGGAUCCUUGCACGGUAGAUUUGGAUUUUUUGAGCGAGGCUCGCAUCUGCAUUGACGAUGUCGCAUAUAUCUUCGUCAAGACAGGCGAUGUUUCUAACCUCGGGAAAAACCAUAAGGACUAUCCCGAAGUUAACGGGGUAGACAAGCUUAAGGAUUAUGGAUUGGAUGCAAAGGAUAUGAUACGCGCUGCAGAAUGGUUUGACAAGGAGUUCGGACUUAAACAACCCUCUAAUGAUGACCUGAAAGGCUACUUCACUGGAGACAAGAAAGGCCCACCCGGUAACCUCUGGGUCAGCCUACCGGUAAUUGAGUAUGAGAAGACCCCUUCUAUCAGCCAGAAUGCCAUGAAGAUAUAUGGUCACUGGAAAAACCCUUGGGUACGUUACGAUUCCUCUCUUUAUUAUAUUUACUAA